ACGAAUCGUUACGGAGUGCAGUCACUUGAUCGGCUGCGCCGUCGACGAAGACGACGUGAGACUCCCGACCGGUCUAGACGUGCCUAGCUCGAGCGAUGGAGGUGAUCAAAUUUUCAACGCUAGUCCUGUUGGUUCUGAGCUUGGCCUUAACCAGUGCUCGCUACCAGCGAUACAUUUGUCAGGUGAUCGAGGACGACUGGUGUACGCUGCAGAAAAUCUACAUCACUUCUCGUACGGACCUCCGAGGACUUCGAUUUCCGGAUGACCAAUUCGAAAAGAUCCGGAUUGGACAACACUAUGACUUUGCCGACACCGAUAGUGUAGUGAGCAUUUUCUCCGCCGGUCUGUUUCGAAGGAUGAGUCGCGUUCGAUAUCUACAGAUGAACGCUAUUCGAAUGCAAGGUUUGGACAUGCCCGACACCGUUCUGGAGCUGGACGUGUCCAACAAUUGGAUUUCUCGGGUCUACAUCGAUCCGGACAAGAGCUACAGUCUUCGAAAACUGAAGAUGAAGAACAAUCUAGUGACGAGUGUGGCCAGUUUUAAAUACCUAAAUCAAUUAGAAGAACUAGACAUGAGUGAAAACUUAGUGCACAUGGUGAAUUUUGAGCUAUUCUCGUUCAUGCCGUACAUAAGAAUCAUUGAUUUUGCCCACAACCGACUGUUAGAAGUACGCCCUGGAGACAUAAACUUGGUCCUGUACUACUUGGAACGUUUGGAUCUGGCAGACAAUCAGCUGAUUGGAAUCGAACUGAAGAAAUGGACAUUCCCCUCGCUCAGAAUGUUGAACGUGACGAGUAAUCCGAUUCAACGAUUAGAUUAUUUUGAACUGCAACGCGCGUUUCCAAGAUUAAGGAGAGUGACCUAUUGAACAAGAUCAGUACAUUAGCGUGCGAUCGCAUGGCAUGUGAAAUCGAUUAACCGUAUUCUGGGAAAUUUCCAAAUGAUGAAACAAGAUGUAGUGUUGAAAAGUGGCGAGACGGGCGGAGAUCAAUGAUAACGGGGCAUUAAUAAAGUGGCAUUCGCAGAAUUAGGAGUGUUAUGAUAUUGCA